AUGAAGAUCCUGGUUUUCAUUUGGGCAACAGUGGUGGCUGUGUCAGCACGACCCCAGGGCUACAGUCUACCAACGCCCUCUGGCCCGUCCUUUGGCCCGUCCGUUGGGCCGUCUGUUGGCCCGUCCGUUGGGCCGUCUAUUGGCCCGUCCUCAGGCGGAUGCAGUCCUGGCCAAGUGCGACAUGUGGACGGAAGAUGCGUGACUCCGCGAGAAAACAGAAGAGUGUUCUUGUACGAAGUUCCUUCAAACGUGGUGUUCAACGGCGCUCCAGUUAACAUCCCCGAGCCAACAGUAGAGACCAACAUCGUACUCAUCCGAACGCCCGAGGGAUUACUGGGACCCGAACCUGUUGUUGUGCCUCCUCCAAGACAGCAGCACGUGGUGUACGUGCUCAACAAGCAGUCUGAACACGACCAGAGGGUGAUCGAGGUCACAGCGCCACCGCCAUCCGAGCCUGAGAUUUACUUCGUCAACUAUGCUGAAGGCGAGAACCCAACUCUUCCUAGCGGAGUGGAUCUACAGAGCGCUCUGGGUGCAGCUACACAAGGUGGCGGUCAGGUGAUCGGCGACAGCGGCUCUGGUGUCGGCGGAGGCGGAGGCGGUGGUAUUAGUGGCGGUAUCGGAGGUGGCAGUGGCGGAAGUAUCAGUGUGGGAGGAGGCGGAGGAUUCGGAGGAAGCAGUGGCUUCAGCAGCUUCGGAGGAAGCAGUGGAUUCGGAGGCAGUGUUAGUUUUGGAUCCGGAAGUGGAUUCGGUGGAUUUGGAGGUGGUUCUGGAGGCGGCAUCAGUGGAAGUUACACUCCACCAACCCAGCCCUCAAACCUGUACACUUCACCAUGAAAUCUAUAUGAGAAGUACCAGCUUAACUUCAAACUUAAUCAAACUGAUGUGAUAUAGUUAUGCAAAUAUAAUUUUUAUGCACUAUUCAUCUAAACUCAUCUAACUUAUUCGUACAAAAUUGCUGGUAUAAUAAAAUAUAAAAAGUAA